CCUCCCCCCUUCACUCACCCCAGUCAGUAAUCCUCGCCAGACAGGAGUCCUAGAUUUAAUUCAUGGGAAGAGCUUUGUAGCCGUGUUUACUAAGUAAACAGGGCUGGCAGGCUCAGGCUGGGGUCUGCAGUUCUGCACUGAUGGGCCGCUGACAUGAAUUUGGAAGGAAGGAGGGAAGAAAGGAAGGAAGGGUUUUCCCUAACAAAGGUUUGGCUUUUCUCUGCAGGCCCAGCAGCAAGAAAUAUGUCACAGACCUGAUGAAAAGUUUCCACGGAGAUUUCAUGUCUUUCAUCUCAUUUGGUCUUCAUAGGAAACCACUGAGAGGCCCAAGGUAAAUAAGCUGAAGGCACAGCUGCCUUGAUGUUAACCCUUGAGGAGGAAGUUUGAACCAGGUCCAGGUUACAAUCAGGCACCCAUUGAACAAAGGCUUCUCCUUCCAGUGUGAGGGUCCUAAGGGAUGGCUAACUGUAUGUCCAUGCAUGGUAUUGUAUGUAGGUACAUGUGACGGUACCUGUGUUUCGUCAGGAAAUAUUCCAUUCCCGGUUUCUCCAAGUAGUGUGAGCCAUGAAUCCAGGCCAUUUCCUCUGGACUUUACUGUUCAUGAACUCCUUGUGGCUUCUACCAACUGAUGGGGCUAUUCGAGAUUACUACCUGGCCAUUGAAAAUGUGACAUGGGACUAUGCUCCCAGAGGAAGAAAUAUCAUCACAAAUCAGCCUCUGAACAAUGACAUAGUGGCUUCCAGCUUCCUAAAGUCUGGCAAAGACAGGAUAGGGAGUAGUUACAAGAAGACUGUCUAUAAGGAAUACAGUGACGGCACAUACACUGUUGAAGUAGCCAAGCCUGCCUGGUUGGGCUUCCUAGGACCACUGUUACAGGCUGAGGUGGGGGAUGUCAUGCGUAUCCACCUGAAGAAUUUUGCAAGUCGGCCUUAUACUAUUCACCCUCAUGGAGUUUUCUAUGAGAAGGACUCAGAAGGCUCACUAUAUCCAGAUGGUUCUUCUGGGUCCUUGAAAGCUGACGAUUCUGUUCCCCCUGGAGGCUACCAUGUAUACAACUGGACUAUUCCAGAAGGCCAUGCACCCACUGAUGCAGACCCGGCAUGCCUCACUUGGAUUUACCAUUCUCAUGUAGAUGCUCCACGAGACAUUGCAACUGGUCUCAUAGGACCCCUUAUCACCUGUAAAAGAGGGACCCUGGAUGGUAACUCCCCACCUCAGAGGAAGGAUGUGGACCAUAAUUUCUUCCUCCUCUUCAGCGUGAUAGAUGAGAACCUUAGCUGGUACCUUGACGACAACGUUGCUGCUUACUGUUCUGACCCCACUUCAGUGGACAAAGAAGAUGAAGACUUUCAAGAAAGCAAUAGGAUGCAUGCAAUCAAUGGGUUUGUCUUUGGGAACUUACCAGAGUUGAACAUGUGUGCGCAGAAACAUGUAGCCUGGCACUUGUUUGGCAUGGGCAAUGAAAUAGAUGUCCACACUGCUUUCUUCCAUGGACAGCUACUGACCGUCCGUGGACACCGCACUGAUGUUGCUCACAUUUUUCCAGCCACCUUUGUGACUGCUGAGAUGGUGCCCCAGAAAUCUGGAACCUGGUUAAUUAGCUGUGAAGUGAACAGCCACUUGAAAAAUGGCAUGCAAGCUCUCUAUAAGGUCGACUCUUGCUCCAUGGACCCACCUGUGGAACAACUCACAGGCAAAGUUCGUCAAUACUUCAUUGAGGCCCAUGAGAUUCAAUGGGACUAUGGCCCACGAGGGCGUGAUGGGAGAACUGGGAAGAGUUUGAGAGAGCCAGGAAGUGGCCCAGAUAAGUACUUCCAGAAGAGCUCUAGCCGAAUUGGAGGUACUUACUGGAAAGUUCGAUAUGAAGCCUUCCAAGAUGAGACAUUCCAGGAAAGGGUACAUCAAGAGGAAGAAACACAUCUUGGAAUAUUGGGACCAGUGAUAAGGGCUGAAGUAGGUGAUACCAUCCAGGUAGUCUUCUACAACCGUGCAUCCAAGCCAUUCAGCAUGCAGCCCCAUGGUGUCUUUUAUGAGAAAGACUAUGAGGGGACCGUGUACAAUGAUGGUACAGCUCAUCCUGGCUUGGUAGCCAAGCCCUUUGAGAAAGUUACAUACAAGUGGACAGUUCCUCCCCAUGCUGGGCCAGCUGCUCAGGAUCCUGCCUGCCUUACCUGGAUGUACUUCUCUGCUGCAGAUCCUAUAAGAGAUACAAAUUCUGGCCUGGUGGGCCCUUUGCUGGUUUGCAAGGCUGGCGCCUUGGGUGCAGAUGGCAAGCAGAAAGGAAUGGAUAAAGAAUUUUUUCUCCUCUUCACCGUGUUUGAUGAGAACAACAGUUGGUACAGCGAUGCCAAUCAAGCAGCUGGUAUGUUGGAUACCCGACUGCUCUCAGAGGAUGUUGAAGGCUUCCAAGAUUCCAAUCGAAUGCAUGCUAUCAAUGGGUUUCUGUUCUCUAACCUGCCCAGACUGGACAUGUGCAAGGGUGAUACGGUGGCCUGGCACCUGCUUGGCCUGGGCACAGAGACUGAUGUACAUGGGGUCAUGUUCGAGGGCAACACUAUCCAGAUUCAAGGCAUGAGGAAAGGUGCAGCCAUGCUCUUUCCCCACGCCUUUGUGAUGGCUGUCAUGCAGCCUGACAAUCCUGGGACAUUUGAAAUCUAUUGCCAAGCAGGAAGUCACAGAGAAGCAGGGAUGAGGGCAGUUUAUAAUGUCUCCCAGUGUUCUAGUCAUCAAGAUAGCCCACGCCAACACUACCAAGCUUCAAGAGUCUAUUACAUCAUGGCAGAAGAGGUGGAGUGGGAUUAUUGCCCUGACAGAACCUGGGAACUGGAAUGGCACAACACAUCUGAGGAGGACAGUUAUGGUCAUGUUUUCCUGAGCAACAAGGAUGGGCUUCUGGGUUCCAGAUAUAAAAAAGCUGUAUUCAGGGAAUACACUGAUGGUACUUUCAGGAUUCCUAAGCCGAGAUCUGGACCAGAGGAGCACUUGGGAAUCCUGGGUCCACUUAUCAGAGGAGAGGUUGGUGAUAUCUUAACUGUGGUGUUCAAGAAUAAUGCCAGUCGACCAUAUUCUGUGCAUGCCCAUGGAGUUCUAGAGUCUAAUACUGGCUGGCCACAGCCUGCUGAGCCGGGUGAAGUACUUACUUACCAGUGGAACAUCCCGGAAAGAUCUGGUCCUGGAUCUGGUGAUUCUGCUUGUGUUUCCUGGAUUUAUUAUUCUGCAGUAGAGCCCAUCAAGGACAUGUAUAGUGGCCUGGUGGGACCCUUAGUCAUCUGUAGAAAAGGCGUCUUGGGACCCCAUGGAGGCCGGAACGAUAUGGACCGGGAAUUUGCCUUGUUGUUUUUGAUCUUUGAUGAGAACCAAUCUUGGUAUCUGGAGGAGAAUAUCGCAAUUCAUGGGUCACAAGAGACAAAGCGUGUUGACCUACAGGAUGAGACUUUCUUGGAGAGCAAUAAAAUGCAUGCCAUCAAUGGGAAACUCUAUGCUAAUCUCAAGGGUCUUACCGUAUACCAAGGAGAACAAGUAGCCUGGUACAUGCUAGCCAUGGGUCAAGAUACUGACAUUCACACUGUACACUUCCAUGCAGAGAGUUUCCUUUAUCAGAAUGGACACAGUUACCGGGCAGAUGUUGUAGAUCUUUUCCCAGGGACAUUUGAGGUUGUGGAGAUGGUAGCCAGCAACCCUGGAACAUGGUUGAUGCACUGCCACGUGACUGACCAUGUUCAUGCUGGCAUGGAGACCAUCUUUACUGUUGUGUCAAAUGGAGAAUAUUUAAGUACUAUGAGUACCGUUACCAAAGAGAUUGGAAAAGCAGUGAUCCUAAGAGACAUUGGAGAAGAUAAUGUGAAGCUGCUGGGCAUGAAGAUUCCCAUAAAGGAUGCUGAGAUUCUGUCUUCUGUUUUGAUCGCCAUAAGUGUAAUUCUUCUUGUUGUUGCUCUGGCUCUUGGUGGCGUAGUCUGGUACCAGCAUCGACAAAGAAAGCUUCGGCGCAACAGGAGGUCUAUUCUUGACGAUAGCUUCAAGCUUUUGUCUCUCAAGCAAUAAUAGCUGAAGCCUGAAGAUAUCUUCAGAAAACACAUCUGGAAUGUAUCCCAUGCUCCCAGGAAGCCGUGUCCUAGCAGAAAACUCUUUUGUCAAGGGGUAGGGGUAGUGGAAAGGCAGAGGAUGGAAUCAAAAUUAUUUAGCUAUUUCUUUAUUUAUUUACAUGGAAAUCAUAUGCUCUUACUUUUUCUUAUUUUUCCUUGCAAUCUGAGGCAGAUAGGAUUAGGUAAGUACCUUUGUAUACAAAUUUCAGUAGCUAGGAUAUGUCACCCUUCAGUAUUGUACAGAAAUUCCUAGAACGUAAUCGUUCUCAAAGAAUAGAUACCAAAAAGGUAUCUAAUUAGACUUUUAUUUCCAGAACCUAGCUAGAAAAGUAUACUUUUAAUUGAAGCCAAAUGAUGAGCCACAAAGAUAACCCAUAACUAAAUAAAGGACUAAGAACAUAAGCAUUAUGGAAAAUGAGAGGUAGCGUGGGGAGUAGGAAUCGAAAUUACUCUUUAAUUAUCUUUGGCAAUGGACUGUUUAGGUGAAAGAACUGUGGUUGUUAUGAGUGCCUACAAACUCUGGAACCAGAAACACCUGUAAAACAGUUCUUCAGGUUUCUUCACAGUGGUACUGGAGGGACUUUGGGGUGAUCUUUGCAUGUUUGAGGUAGUGAAUCCUAUUCAUUAAAGUACUUAUUUGUAAAAAAAAAAAAGUACUGGAUUUGGUAAUUUUGAUGAUUCCCAUGGCAACUGGAAGGUGGAAUUGCAUUUUAAACAAAAGGAUUUCAGUGAUCUGGGGAAGCAAAUUAUAGAUCUAGACACCCUUUGUGGAUCCUAGAGAUCUGUGUGCUUUCUCAAUAUAAGCCUCCAUGUCAGAGUAGUAACAUCCUAGAGAAGUUGUAUGGGUGCUAAACAUUUUUGGAAUGUCAAGAAAAGUGGCUAGAGAAGGCACUGAGACAAGACUCACACCUUUCCACUGGGCAAAAAGUGGUAGGUGCAUACAUGGCAAUUUGGUUGGUAGGCAUGGCUAUGGGGAUAUGAGAGACAUGUUUGCAGUUUGUAGACAUCUUCAUAGAACAGAAUCAUUCUUUCCUGUACCUUACAGCAGUAUCUCUUUCUGACCAGCAUGUUCAAUCCUCUCUGAAACUUUGAUCAGAAAGCAAAGGCAGGAGAAAAGGAAUGGAGUAAGCCCAUUCUCACUAGAGUUUCCACAUGGCAAAUGGAGAACAGAAGGGGCAUCAUGGAGAGUAAUGAUAAUAGCAAUGGAAUGGGAAUAUAGCCUAGUGGCAAAGUGAUUGCCUAAUAAAAGAGAGUCCCUGGGUUGCAAGAAAGAGCACAAAGGAAAGAAAAUGGAAAACAAGGUAAUAACAGAGGUGUGUAGUGAUCUUCCUACACAUAGCAAAUAAUUCUAAUUCCUGAUUAGAUUGGAUUUGCCUCGGUUCAUUAAAGUGGAGAUUAAAUGAUUUUACUUAGGGUGACUCAGCUGCAAAUUGAGUGGAGACUCAAAAUUUCAUGUCUUUGACUUUAAAAAUGUUCUAUUCUCCCUUUGUCAUGGAAAUUUCUUAUUAUUCUUUGUCGUUCUUUUGCACUUGAUUUCAAAUUGUGAGGUUGCCUAGCAACUUGUUUACUUAGUUAGCAACCCACAGAGUUGGUUUCCAGUUGCCAUAGGAUGCUGCAGGUCAGAGGCCAGAGAUGAAAACAAAGACUAGGAUAAUGUGUUUAACUCGUCCAUGCUCAGUGACUUUCUGGAAAAUUUCUGGAAGUCUAGGUACCAUAUUUAUCCAUUGUCCUGUUUUAGAAAUAAUAUGCCUUCUUAGAGAGAAAUUACUCUACACACUUAGAAGGUAUUUUGUAGACUCUUAACCAAAGUGUACAUGGCUGACUGUGGCAAUGCUCAAAUAAGAGUCAUAAAUGAAUGGAAGGUUUCAUUGACUUAUAUACACCUUAGGCUUAUGUUUCCCACAAACACUGUCAUGCUAAAAUCUCUUUCUGUCCUGGUUGAAGCUCACACUUAUAACAAUUUAAACAGUCGGGAGACUGCAAUUCUUGUCACUUAGGUAGCUAGAUUUACAUAGCAAAGAUUCUGCCUAAUUACUUUUAAGUGUACCAGUGUUAUUCCUUUUUGAAUAGUUGUUACCGAGGGCCAUCCUAUCUACAUGGUAGAAUUGUGGCCUAGUAAGAUGGUACAGAGGUUCCUUCAUCUUCUUGUUCCUUCAUCAUUCCUGUCAAAGCUGUUUUAGGUUUGACUAGAAUUUGAUCUCCUUGAUGUGGAAAAUUACCCAACUCUGUUCUAGGAACCCGAAUUCACGAUGCUUCAGCUAAUUUAUCUUGGCUUCUGUUAAACUGCCUGCUUAUGCAAACCUCCCCUUCCAGCGAAUUAGCUUUUGUUAAACUGCUUGCUAGCGCACCCGCAGAGCUAGGUAGCAGGAUAUGGUUUGUCUUUUAAAAACCCCCUUACCCUAAAUUACAGUGCUAUACUUGGGUCCUGAAUAUCUGUGUGUAGUCCCAGCUGGCUGGAAUAAAGACUUUCAGUUGGAUAUAAA